AAUUGUCAGAUUUGCUCGAUUUCUUUCGAGUUGUUUGCGUCACAGUUUUUUUUUGUGUUGGUGUUUGUAUAUACGUAUGUAAGUUGACAGUUAAUCUUGGCAAUCAUAAGAUUAGGUUGUUAUUUAAUUUAAAAAAAAAACAAUAUGGAUCAUCGAAUUUGUCCAUUAAUAUUAUCAUUGACCAUCAUAUUGUUGAUAACAAAUGAUUGCCAUGGACGAUUCUAUGGUCGACCUUUUGUUGAUCAAGAUCUUGAAUCAACUAAUCCGAUUGAUAUGGAUGAUCAAUUAGAAGCACAAGGACGAUUAUCAUCAUCAUCAUCAUCGGGAGCCAAUGAGCUUUUAUAUUUGACUUCAAAACAUGCUAAAGAAAAUCGUGAAUGGGCAUUACAAGCACAAAAACAUCAUUUUGAUCAACUGUUAGGUCAAGUAUCCGGUGUAGCUGCAACUAAAGAUUUUCUUUAUAUAUUUCAUCGUGGAAAUAUUACCUGGGAUCAAAGCUCAUUUAAUGAUGAUAAUAUCUAUCAACAUCAAGAUCGACCUGUCAAUGUUGAUACAAUUGUGGCUGUCGAUUUAGAAAAUGCUGAUGUUAUGUUUUCCUGGGGAAAAGAUAGAUUUUAUCUACCACAUGGAAUAUCGGUCGAUCCACAAGGAAAUCUUUGGCUUACCGAUGUUGCAUUACAUCAAGCAUUUCGUUAUAAAAAUAAUAAUUUUGAACAAGCCGAUCUAGUACUUGGUGAACGUUUCGUACCUGGUUCGGAUUCGAAUCAUUUCUGUAAACCAACGGAUGUCGCUGUUGCAUCGACAGGAACAGUAUAUAUUAGUGAUGGAUAUUGUAAUUCCCGUAUUGUUGUUUUUACUCCGAAUGGACAUUAUGUUACAGAAUUUGCAAAUAAUGAUAAUCUACGAACACCACAUAGUUUAGCAUUAUUGGAGAACGAAGAUUUAAUUUGUGUGGCCGAUCGAGAAAAUGAUCGUAUUAUGUGCUAUAGUGCUGGAUUGACUAGUUCAAUUUCAUCGGAUGUUAUAAGACGUCCACCUGGUUUAUUAUUAUUUGAAUUGGAACAAAGUGAACUUCGAAAAGUAUAUGCAAUAGCUCAUUUUGGUGAUGUUAUUCUUGCUUUGAAUGGUGGUCCACAAUCAACAGUUGGUAUUUCGAUUGAUUUAGGCACCGAACAAAUAGUGGAUGUUUGGUCACCACAAAAUGGAUCAUUUUAUGAUGCACAUGAUUUAAGUUUAACACCAAAUGGACGAACAUUUUUUGUUUGUCAAUUAUCAUCAACAUCAUCAUCGUUAAAUAAUAAUCAAUCAAAAAUUUUAAAAUUUGAUCUCGAAGAUUAUCCAGUAUUCAUAUCGGAAUGAAAUAUAUCAAUUUCAAUUGAUCAUCAUUCAAUAAAUCAUUCAUACAUUCCCCUUACGAAACAUUUUCCCAUAUUCUUGAUCUCU